AUGAAGAAAGGAAAGAAGACUGGCAUCCGGCUUCCUGAGAGCCUACAGGAUCAAAUCAACGAACGAGAAAGUGACGACCGCCAUUACCAUCGCGGUGUCGGACGAAACAAAAACCUCAGCAGGAAGGAACUGAGGAAGCAAGAACGCGCCUCCAAAAAGCAAAAGAGAGCUGAAUACUUCUCCCAUUCGAGACCGUCAGUCCAAGAGGCGCAUCCAGGCAAACGGCCAGCUGAAGAGAGUGCGGAAUCUCCUAUCCGGAAGCGACCCAGAAAGGACAACGCACUAGAUGAAAAACUGUCGACAGAAGUUGUCGCGGAGAAUCCUGUUCAACCAUCGAAUGAAAAGCAGUCCAAAGGAUCUUCUUCCAGCUCACACAAACCGGCCAAGAAACCGGUUUCCGUCCCACCCAAACCCAAGAGCCAGAUUGAAGAGAACGAAGAUCGGUAUAUUCGCUUUCUUGAAAAGCAACUUGGAUAUUCCAAAGGAAAGCCAAAGAAGAAGAGUGCAGACGAAGAUGAUGGACUGGAUGAUCUCCUGGACUUUGCGGAUAACUUGACCAUGUCCUUGGGAGAAGGGGGAAAUGAAGGUGACUUCGACGACGAGGACAACUUCAGCGAAGGGUCGGACACGCUCGACGACUACGACAUGGAUGCAGAGGAGGGAGGCUCAGAGGACAGUGAAGAUGACGGUUUAGAAGACGAGGAAGAGGAAGAGGAAUGGGGAGGCAUUGAAAGCGAUUCAGGUUCAACGGAAUCUGAAGCAGAAGAGUCAUCAGAAGCAGGAAAGGCAGGAAAAGCAGCCGAAACGACGACGAAACCUGCUGCUGGUGCGUUUCACUUGGAGUCGGUCACAAAGCUUUCCGGUUGGGCUGAACACAUCGAAGGUUCUGUCUAUGUUCCACCCCAUCUGAGGAAGGCUCCUGCAACGCAAUCCGAAGCUCUGCUGAAACUAACCCGCCAACUCAAGGGUCUUCUCAACAGGAUGUCAGAGCAAAACAUUGGAAGCAUCGUUGGCAGUAUUGAAGACAUCUAUCGGGAUAAUUCGCGCAAUGACGUUACCUCGACUUUGACGAACUUGGUCAUUGAAGGCGUCGCCUCGCAUUCGGUACUCCUGGACUCCUACGUCGUACUUCACGCCGCCUUUGUUUCGAGUUUACACAAGCUCGUUGGCAUCGAAUUCGCCAUAGCGGCUCACUUUGUCCAACAGGUGGUCUCCAACUACGAAAAAUAUUACGAAGCCCUAUCCACCCCAUCCUCGUCAGAUGCCCCCCAACAGGAAGACGACGACAAAGGAAAGGAAUGCUCGAAUUUGAUUGUGCUUCUUUCCGAAUUGUACAACUUCCAGGUUAUCUCAUCCAUACUCAUGUUCGACAUCAUUCGGGCAUUGUUAAAGGAUGAGAUUUCCGAGUUCAACGUUGAGCUAUUGCUCAAGAUUCUACGCAACUCUGGCCAACAGCUGCGAGCCGACGAUCCUCUGGCCCUGAAGGAUAUCGUUCAGAUUGUUCAGGACAAGGUCGAGGGGAAGGAGAGCGCCGUCAGUUCAAGGACGCGGUUCAUGAUCGAAACUUUGACCAACCUCAAAAACAACAAAAUAAAAAAGUUGGGGGAACAAAAUCAAGGCGGUGCAGCCGUCGAACGGAUGAAGAAGUUCCUAGCAGGUCUGAGCAAAACGAAGCACGUUCUCGCCCAUGAACCUCUACGGAUCUCCUUGGAAGACCUCCAUUCUGCGAAUACCAAGGGCAAGUGGUGGUUGGUCGGAGCUGCAUGGGGUGGAGACCCACUUGUGGAUAGGCAAGCACAUAUGGAAGAGAUCGCGGCGACACAAAAGGCUGCAAGAGAUGAAGAGAGUAGCCUGCUUAAGCUCGCGAGGAAGCAGGGUAUGAACUCCGAUAUUCGAAGGAGUAUAUUUGUUGUUCUUAUGAGCAGCGAGGACUAUGUCGAUGCUUGCGAUAGACUUUCUCAAUUAAACUUGACUGAGGUCCAACAGCGCGAAAUCGUUCGCGUGCUAUUGCACUGCUGUGGCAACGAAAAAUCAUACAAUCCUUACUACGCCCUCGUCUGCGAACAACUCUGUAAAAAGUCCCAUUCCUACAAAAUCACCGUCCAAUUCUGCUUAUGGGACUUCCUUCGUGACCUCGGGGAGACGAAAGUGGGCGGGGCCGAGCUCGUGAAGAAUGCGACGGAUGAUGGGUUUGAUGUCAAGAGUAUCUCUCGGACAAGGAUGAACAAUGUUGCCCGAUGUUACGCGUGGUGGGUGGCCAAGGAUGCUGUUUCGUUGAGUAUCCUCAAGCCGGUCGACUUCACCAUGCUCAAACCACAAACGAGAGGCUUCCUUAAGGAAUUCUUGACGCAUCUUCUUCUCAACAGCCAACUUACCACUCCGGUGGUGACGAACGAUCUAGGGAGCGUAGCGGCGACAUUGCCGACGAGGAACCGGGGUGCAGUGGAGGAGAUCUUCAUCAAGGCGUCUAGGAUUGAUACAGUGGCGAUGGGCCUGGUAUAUUUCAUGAAUGAGGCAUUCAAGGAGGAGGUGAAGAAGGGUAAGGCGGAGAAGGAGAGUAGGGAGGGAGGGAAGGAAGACAAACUGAGAAGCUUCUUGGUCUGGGGAGUCGAACUUGCGAAGGACACUUUGCAGACUGGUUUGGACGUUAUUCCAGACCUGUAG